CUAUAAAAAGGGGGGUUUUGUGUGCCGCUUCUGCUCGUGUAGGAAUUGGUCAUCAGCCUUUUCGGAUCUGUGUCUCGGGGGCAACGGACCUUAAAAAAACAAAAUUCAAAAAGAAAGAAAAAAAGUGGGCGAAAGAUUUGCCACGAUCGGUGGGGCAGUACCCAAAAACCCGUUUCUACCUUUUGUGGAGACGACCUAUCAGACAGCGCUGGCGCUAAGUUCACCUUCCGCCACCCCCGAUCACGGCAUCCUCAAGAUGAAGUUGUAUCCCACCCGGCGGUCGCGGAGCCUGAGGUCGACGCGGUCGGUGCAUUUUCCAAACGAAGUCGUCUUCCUGGAUCACAUUCGUCAGGGUGACCUGGAGCAAGUUGGGAGGUUUAUACGCGCUAGAAAAGUGACGCUGGAUAAAAUCUACCUAACAGGCAUGGGUGCUUUGCAUGAAGCUGUCCUCUCUGGGAAUCUGGACUGCGUCAAGUUGUUGGUGAAAUACGGAGCGGACAUCGAACAGAGAGAUGAAAACGGCUGGACCCCUCUGCACAUGGCAUGUAGUGACGCACAUCCGCACAUUGCCAGGUAUCUUCUAGCUCUUGGAGCGCAAAAGGAUGUUGUGAACAGCGAAGGGGAGACGCCAUCCGAGCUUAUAGACUCUGACUGCGAGGAGUUAGUUCAGAUCUUCUCCACGAAGAAGGGCGACUGAUGAACCCUUAACAAUUGACUACCAACCCCAGCAGAGGUGCAUUUUUUUUUUUUUGACACGUGCUGCCCCCUGGUGGGAGCUGGUUGAGCAACACAGACUGCAGCGGAUUUCUUCCAGAGCUCUUGCCCACUUAACCCAACUCACUCCCAAGCAGACACAUCGUGCCACCUAGGAUGGGCAAGGUGACCCGGCAGCAAGAGCGCGUGUCUCAAAGGUCUUCAAGAGGUCUUUAAUUAAAUAAAGCAUGUUUGGAUUCAUUAUGGCCGCCGCCAGUGACCCAUUCACUGGUAUAACUGGGUUGUGACUGUGCAGUCAAGAGGACAAUACAUUACCAAGGAAGGGAAACGCGUUACCUGAUUUUCCUAUACACGGGGCAAUGUAGUUUUGUCUACUAUGUUUUUUUUUUUUUUUUCGUUUUUUUAGAAUGUACAUAUCUUUAUACAAAAUUGUGGGUGUACUAAGCAGUGUAUUCUUUUAUAACUCCACAUUAACAGAACAGCUUUUGUUAGACAAAAAAAGCAUAAAGAUAAAAAAAAAAAUGAUAAAACAAAAAAAAAAAAA